CGUCAACACAUCCAGUCCAUACAUUCCAGGCUGCAUUCAAUCUGCUGACUUCACCAUGCACCGAAGCAGCAGCAUGCCUGACAUUUAACAGCUUCGCCAAUUGUUGGAUAACGAUUGAAGCUUGCCCUCCAUCAAGCAAGGCGGUCACAAGAGCACAACGCGAUGAGUGCAAGUCAGCCAUACGAUACACGCACCGUCAAGGGCAACAAAUCCGCUGCCAAACCUCCUCCGCUCAUCAAUCCAGGCCACUCCGGCCCCACCACCUUCUUCCUCCGCAGCGAGAAGGAGCUCGAACAGAGUGCGCCGCGAGGGCGGACGAUGUCAAGCAAUGCACCAUCGACCGACGAGCAGCCUCAGCAGGCGCCGACGAUAGGGAUGAUGGGAGAGAGUAGCUUUGGCGUGGAGAGCCUGGCAGACACCAUCAGCUCGGCAUUCUCCACGAAGAGUCGCUUGUCCCGAGCAAACAGCAACAGCAACAGCAACAGCACCGAGUCUGCCACCGAAGCCGGUGCAGAAGGCAACACCGGCAACCGCCCUGGCCGCAAGCGCAAGGUGAACCCGGUGCAUCCUCGCAUAGCCGCCACCGGUCAGCGCAUCAUCUCCGCCGAGCAUCCAUCCACCCACGCUUCCUCGUCCGCAUCCCCAGUCUCCUUUCGCUCAUCGGAGUCGCCCUUCAGAUCACACCUCCGACGCGCAUCCACGUCAUCGUCCAUUAACCUUGCCAGCCAGCCACUGACGCCGCUGAAGAUGAGCCCUCAGCCUGCUUCGGCUAUGCCGAGUACACCACGCUCAGGCUCGCCCAAGUCUUUCCGACUGAGCGAUGAGGAAGGCAGCGUGAUCGAUGACACUGGUAGCCAAGUGAUACAGUCAUCAAAUGGCGAUGACGAGGAAGAUGCUACCGCCGAAGACAGCAGGGACAGCUCGAUGCCGCAGCUCGUGAUGCCAAGCAUCGCGAUUCCAUCGCGUCGACCAUUCACCGAGCAAGGCAAGCGCAUCGGCAGACUGAAGGUCAUGGUGGUUGGCCGUGACGGUGUUGGGAAGACCAGCCUCAUCCACAGCAUCUGCCGCAUCUGCGAGCAUAUCGUGCAUGUCGAUCAGCCAACCAUCACCCCUAGCGUGGAUCAAGCCGACGUACCAAGACGCGGCGUUGACUACGAAAUCACUCAAGACAUCACAGAGACGUACGCCUCGACUCGGCCUUACCCGGCUUGGUGGACGGACUUUGAUGGCCGCCGGAUGCUGCACCGGCGCAGAAGUAUCGGUGACGGCGUGCUUGAGCGGAAUGUGUGCUUCACAGAUACUGUUGGCAUCAGUAAAGACUCUGGCGCUCGUACAGUCCUGGAAUACUUCAACAACACACUUCGGAGAACGCUAAACAUGCAGAAGAUGAGUGACAGCGAAGUCAUUGGUAUGCUAAGCGGAGAAGGCGGCGUCCACGUGGACGCGGUACUAUGGCUGUUCGACACUACUGGCCCUACUGAUGCUGUUCCGGAGCUCGAAGGGCCGCAAAGGGACCUCUUCGAAACGCUGUGCAACGCCACGAACGUAAUUCCGCUUCUUGCGCGUGGCGACAAACUCGACGCUGAAAAGGCAUCGGCUCGCAAGGAUCAGAUUGUGGACUUGAUCCAAGACUGCGGGCUGGAGACAUACUCGCUUGCGGAUGGCGAGCAGGAUGUGCUUCCCGAGCAUGCAGACCCACUACUCAUCUCGUCCGCACUCAGCGACGAUGCAGAGACAAUCGACGCAAGCGUGCUGAUGUCCUCGCAGUACGUGCAACCACUCAUCCCCAGCGAGCUGGCAUACCUCGUCGAGCGACUUUUCCAUCCAGAGAACGUCGCCCGUAUGCGCCAUCUCUCCGCCGUCAAGUUCCUGCUCUGGCGUCAGAACAACCUCGGUCAAGCGCUCAACCUGCACCAGCAAACACUGCUCCUAUCACCGCAAUUCGACGCGACCCUACCAUCAGUGACAAGCACCGGCAGCCUGCUCGACGAGCCCAGCAAAGUGCUCGUUCCCUACGGCACAUCAAGCUAUUACCGCUCCGCAUCGCCUUCCGCAUCCGAGCUGUCAAACGAUGGAGCGGCGGUGAAUACCUCGCAAUACGCCCUCGCAAAGCACAACGAGCAGACGCAAGGAGCGCUACCCUACCGUCAAGUCCGCCUCGCCAAAUGGGCGCAGGAUCUCCAGCGCAGUCUCAACAACGAGCGCAAGCGGUACCAGCAGAUCUACCUCAACCCGCUGACCGACACGACGUACCCCUCUUCCUCCACGGACGCUGACGAGAAGGCACUCGUCACCACCCUCUCUGCUCCCAACCAGCGGCAGCGUCCCGCCCGCGGCCGCCUGGGCGGCGACAUCGCCAUCAUUGACCCGCGCGACCCUCUUGGCGUGUUGGCGUUCAGCCAAGCACUUGGACGCCGAGGCUGGCUCGCUUUAAGGGUCGCGGGUGGUUGUGGCUUGAUUGGGGCCGUGGCGUGGUGGGUCACGAGGAACUGGGUCGAGGUGCAGGAAUGGUUUGGGGUGGGGCCUGUGGUGCCUACGCCUGCGGUGCCGGCGCCGACGAAGGGGGCGUUUGAGUCGUUGGUGGAUUUGGGGUGGAGGGUUAUGGGUGGUUGGUGAGCGGAGUGGUAGGGUGGUAUACGCGUGAGGUUUUGAUGUGUGGAUGUGAUGUGAUGUGAUGUUUACCAUCCUUAGGGCUCCUCUUAGGCAUCAUGAAAUAGAAUGAUUUAAAGUUUCAACGGCU